GUGGAUUUUUCGGGUUGUCACAUUGACUUCCUUCGGCCAUUUUCGCUCUUUUCCAUUCAUUCCCCGUGGAAACGUGGAUUGUGUUCGCGAAUUACUGCGAAAAGAUUCUCUAAAAAGAUGCCUCCAAGGAAGAAUAAAACCCAGAAAGAAGAGGUCCAGGUGUCCCUGGGUCCUCAGGUGCAGGAGGGAGAAAUGGUAUUUGGCGUAGCGCACAUUUAUGCCAGUUUCAAUGACACCUUCGUCCAUGUGACGGAUCUGUCCGGCAGGGAAACAAUUGCCCGUGUCACUGGAGGGAUGAAGGUGAAGGCUGAUCGUGAUGAAGCCUCCCCCUAUGCUGCUAUGUUGGCUGCCCAAGAUGUUGCUGAGAAGUGCAAGACACUCGGAAUCACGGCGCUGCACAUCAAACUCCGAGCAACCGGAGGCAACAAGACAAAGACCCCCGGUCCAGGUGCUCAGUCAGCUCUUCGGGCACUUGCUCGUUCCUCCAUGAAGAUCGGUCGUAUUGAGGAUGUGACACCAAUUCCAUCGGACUCCACGCGCAGGAAGGGAGGUCGCCGUGGUCGUAGAUUGUAAACAAUCCCAGCCUCAGGGCUUGUCCUCCGGCUCCACAAGAAUUAAUAAAGUCGAUGAGUUGGUAAGGAA